GCGGUUAACAUGUCAGCACAUAGCAGGGAAGGAAAGUGUCAUAGCAGACUUAGAAUCACGCCGCACCUUCACCAAGAACCUAUGGAAAUUGUCACAGCCAGUCUUCCGAUGGAUAGAACAGCAUUGGGGGUCACAUUCCAUAGAUCUCUUCACAGACCGCAUCACACAUCUGCUACCAUAUUACGUCUCAUGGCUGCCAGACCCACACGCCAUCGUCAAAAACGCUUUCUCUGUACCAUGAACAGAAUGGAAGAGCUGCUACUUAAACCUGCCGUGGAAUCUCAAAUCUCGUUGUCCCCACAAGAUUUGGCAGGAAGACGUCACAGCAACGACUGUAGCACUGAUUUGACCAAGUGCAAUUUGGUUCCCACUGCUCCUCCAGAUAACGACAGAACCGCCAAUUCUCCUGUCCAACCGAGAGAUCAUACUGGCAUCCCCCAAGACAUUGUGGCCACUCAGGAGUUCCACGUGGAAGCUAUCCACAUGCAGGAUAUCAAGCGAUGCUUCACGGAAACAGAAUUAAACUUUUAGGAUCUCAACCUGUUCAUGGAGGGCGCCCUGGAAAAUACACCCACUAAUAGUAUUUACCAAAGGGGACAGCACCUCUUUAUUAAAUGGGCUAUGCAACAAGAUAUCUCACCAACUGAAUUUACGGCUUAGGAUCUGAUCAACUUAUUAGCACAUGCACAUUCUCUUGGA